UGCUGGAGAGCCAUGCUCGAGCCAAACACCUGGAUCAAGAGUGGUUCCGAUGCAAGCUCUGCAAUUUCUUUGCCGCCACAUCAGUGUGGAUGGAAGAUCACCUGAUUUCAGACAGUCACAUGGAACGUCAGACGGGGAAGAAAAGUGCUGAAGUAUCUUCAUUUGAAGUGUAUGUCGAGUGUGUGAGCAGAGAGAGCAGAGGAGAUGCAGACGUUAAGGCCAAGACUGGAGAAGGAGGUGAAAGUGUGGGAAAAGUGGACCAGGAAACAGAAGAAGGUGCAGAGUAUGCUCAAGCCGUGUCUGUAGAAGAAGAUGGUUUGGAGUUUGAACCACCCAGAAAAAAGAGAGGGAGACCAAAGCAGGGCACCACAACCACUUGCAGCUACUGCGGCCUGGUCGUGUCUAGUGCUACCAACCUCAGCGUACACGUCCGCCGUAAACACAGUAAAGACUACGGGUACAGCUGCACCCUUUGCAAUUACAGCUGUGUGACCAAAGGUGACAUGGAUCGCCACUGUAUCACUAGGAAACAUGUUAAACGUGCACAGGAGUGUGCCAGCACAAAACCAGUCAAGAACCACACAAGUGUCUCGCCUCCAGGAGCCACAAGUGAAGUAGCCCAGGAAAUAGAUGCAGACACUCACACAUCAGACAAGGAGAAGGAAUCUGAUAACAUAGCCUCUAAAGAGAGCAGUGAAGAAGAGCUAACACAGCCCCACACAGAGCAGAAAAUAAGUAAAACUGAUUAUGUUAAUCCCUGUAGCCGCUGUGACUUUGUUGCCCAGUCGGUCCCUGCACUCCAUCUCCAUGUCAAGCAAAAGCAUAUUAAAGAUUUCGAGUACGUCUGUUUAGCUUGUAGCUACUACACUGUAACAACCAGGGAAAUGUUGCGCCAUGUGAACACAGAAAAGCACAAACAGAAGAGUCAGAAACAUCUGGGGCAACUGGAGAAUGAUGGAACAAGAUCCACACUGAAGGAGACAAACUCUAAGACCGAGUCCUGUGUCCUUUCCAGCUCCAAUGAAGAAUUGGAAUCUUGUUCAGAAGAAGCUGCUGAAAGUCAAAAUGAAGCUGUGUCCUCUGUCACGGCAUGUGAUAAUUCUGACAUUAAUGACACAGAGGGAGAAACACAAGAAGAAACUAUUACUUCUGGCCCUGGAGUGCAGACUUCACCUACAGCUUCAUCUGACCCCCAGCAGCCACCCUCAGAACCUCAGUCUGCAGCUAAUGAGACUACACAGCAAGAAGAUGGUGAAGGAGGAGGUAAAGAGACAGACGAAGAACAUUUGGAAGAUGAUGGGAUGAUUGUUGAUGGAAAAAGCAACAGCCCAGACACACAGAUGUCCAAAGUGUUCCCCUUUGACGCCUGCAUUCUAUCCCUGAAGGCCCUCACUGAGCAGGAGCAGUUGGUCCAACAACGUCUGACCCUGGAGGGGGAGGCUGCUGUGAUGUGUCUGACUGGAAGCUCACCAGUGCCCUAUGACGUCCUGACCUCAGGGUUUUCAUAUGUCAAGAAGCUGAAAAACAAGGAAAUGAAGGAGGAAGCCAAAGGAAGCAGCUCCCGGAUUCGUUGUGAAGACUGUGGCUUCAUGGCCGACGGCAUCAGCGGCCUGAACGUGCACAUCUCCAUGAAACAUCCAUGCAAAGAGAAGCAUUUUCACUGCUUAGUUUGCGGCAAGUCGUUCUACACCGAGAGCAACUUGCACCAACACCUGACCAGUGCCGCUCACUUGCGCAAUGAGCAGAACAGCGUGGAGGAGCUGCCAGAAGGGGGCUCCACCUUCAAGUGUGUGAAAUGCACAGAACGUUUCGAUUCAGAGCAGGACUUGUUCGUUCACAUCAAGGAGAAACACGAGGAGCUCCUCAGGGAGGUCAACAAGUAUGUGGUGGAGGACACAGAGCAGAUUAACCGAGAGCGGGAGGAGAAUCAGGGCAACGUGUGCAAAUACUGUGGCAAGGUGUGCAAGAGCAGCAACUCCAUGGCUUUUCUGGCACACAUUCGGACUCACACCGGUUCCAAGCCCUUCAUGUGCAAGAUCUGUAACUUUUCAACGGCACAGCUGGGAGAUGCCAGGAACCACGUGAAGAGGCACCUUGGCAUGAGAGAGUACAAAUGUGACAUCUGCGGCUGGGCCUUUGUGAUGAAGAAACACCUCAGCACCCACAUGCUGGGCAAACAUGGAGUCGGACAGCGUAAAGAGAGGAAGUUUGAAUGCAAGUUGUGCGACCGCUCCUUCAGUGAAAAGUGGGCCCUGAACAACCACAUGAAACUGCACAACGGGGAGAAACCGUACAAGUGUGCCUGGCCGUCCUGCCACUACUCCUUCCUCAACCUGUCGGCCAUGAAGGACCACUACAGGACACACACUGGAGAGAAGUCUUAUCUGUGUGACCUGUGUGGAUUCGCAGGAGGAACCAAACACGCCCUCACCAAACACAGACGUCAGCACACAGGAGAAAGGCCCUUCAAAUGCAAGCUCUGCAACUUUGCCUCCACCACCCAGUCCCACCUUUCACGGCACAAGCGUGUUCACACAGGGGAGAAACCCUACCGCUGCCCCUGGUGCGACUACAGAUCUAACUGUGCAGAGAAUAUCCGGAAGCACAUUCUCCAUACGGGAAAACACGAGGGAGUGAAGAUGUACAACUGCCCCAAAUGUAGCUAUGCCACAAAUUCUCCAAUGGAGUUCCGCAACCAUCUGAAGGAGAGUCACCCUGACAUCGAGAACCCAGACCUUGCCUACCUACACGCAGGAAUCGUGUCCAAGUCAUUUGAGUGCCGUCUAAAGGGACAGGGUGCUACAUUUGUGCAGACUGAGCCCGUCGGUUCUCCUGUGCACGGGAAGGAGGUCUCGUCACAUGAAGAUGAAAUCCAGCAGGUCAUCAUCAUCCAAGGCUACAGUGGCGAGGAGGUAGCCAUCGAUCAGACUUUGGAGGAGUCGGCGGCUGCCACCCUUCAGACGCUGGCCAUGGCUGGACAGGUGGCCGAGGUGCUGCACAUCACAGACGACGGACAGGUCAUCACCUCCAGAAGGGAGGUGGCAGGCGGGGGCGCACACCUGGCCGGAGACAGCACCCAGUUUGUCGUGCUGGAGUCGGAGGAGGCCCACAGUCAGCUGCAGGCCGUCACCAGAGGCAGGUUAUCAGCAGCAGGGAAAACCCACAUCGUCACCGAGUCGUCCACAGCCCUGGACGCUCUGCUCAGUGCUGUGAGCGAGAUGGGUCACCACAAGGAAACGCAAGGAGAGGCUACCAUCAUUCAUGAGGUCCUGGCCCCAGAGGUAUCGGAGGUGCAGAGCGAAGUGCAAUUGAAAGAGGAGCCCCUGCAGGGGGAGGGGGAGGUGCAGGUUGAGACCAAUCAGGAGGAGAUGCGAGAGGUGCUGAAGCUCGCGGCUUCGCAGAUGAUGAAGGAAGGUCUGACCCAGGUCAUCAUCAACGACCAAGGAACCCACUACAUCGUCACUGAGCUGGAGAACGGUAACUUACAGGUGGAGGGAGGUGUGUUCAGGGAGGCUGAAGCAGAAGAUAUGGAGGUGCAGCAGGUGGAGCAGGACGAUGGGUCAGAAAUGGUGGUGUAUUUGGAGUGAGGUAUUCAUGGUCCAGACCUGAAAAUAGAUAUAUAAUAACAGACAAGAUGAGUUUUAAAGGCUAAGUCCUGUCCAGGACAUCCUGUCCCUUUAUUUUCACCUCUCUCAGCUUGUUUUCUGUUAUACUAAACUCAGGUUGAACACCAUUUCUUUGGAGAAACUGUUUCUGGUGUUUUUAUGUUUUUUUAUUAUUUUGGUGCUGUGUGAGAAUCACUGAUUUAAAUCUUCACCACCAACACUGUCAUAAAGACAGUUUUCAUUAUGGUCUGAGCUGUCUCUGUUACAGGCCACCGUUGCAGGUUGAGGCAAGUAUCUAUGACGACAAGAACAACAAGAGCUGACGUAGUCUGUGAAUGGAGCAGGCGUUCUACUGGACAGUCUCCAGGUCUAUAAUUCUCCUUUCAUUUUAUUUUCAUGGUUUUUUUAUUCUAUUUCAUUUUAAUUGCUAAAUCAUAAUUUAAACUGAUUUAAAGGACAUGGAGCUGCUGUGUUCACAUGGAGAGUUAGGUCUGAAACCAGCAGCUCUGGUCUCUUCACAUUAAUAAUGUUAAAGAUGUGUUAAAGAUGUUGGAUAAAGUUCCUCCUCCAGUAUUGUUUUCAGAAAAUGUUUGAUAACCAGAGAUGUAGACGAGGGGAGUAGUUCUUUUGUUCUCUAAAAACUUUUUUUUUCUUCCUUUUUGGUUGUAGUGGAGUUUUGCUCUUAUUGUAUUAGUUUUAUCAUCAGUUACAAAACCGACCAUUUGCCUUCAUUUUGAAGCCUUCCUUCCGGCUGAUCCGAUGUUAAAAUGUGUGUGUGAUAAAAUCAAACGUAUUUUUCUGUUAUAUUUUUGUUAAUCCACAAUAAAGAUUGCCGUUAACUUUUAUCAACAGCGUUUGAUUAACCGUGGCGUUAAAACCCCUUGGACACACAAGCGACGCGCACAUACAGUACAUGCAUCACGCGAUGGCUCCCAUCAUGCUUUGUGAUCGGCAACACGGUCAUUACCAUCACCAUUAUCAUUAUCGUCGUCAUGAUCGCCAUCCUCCUAAUCGUCAUCCUUUCUUCUCCCCUCCAUCAGGCCCAUUCUGUUCAUUGUGUACAACACACUCAUCCUUUUCCCCAGCAGUAUUCAGCACUGGAGGGAGAAUCAAUAUUCAUUUAGGCCCCAGCACUGGGCUGCUUUCUGAUGGAGUGAGUGGGAGAGCAGUAUGACGGCUGCACACACAAUGGCCAACCGCUGAAAGUGGAGAGAGGAGACACUCACACACACUGAGGGCAUCAAAAGAUCAUCCCUUUAACUCACACACACACACAAACUCUGACACACAUAUGCACAGACUGAAAGGAAUAGAGGAGUGGGCAGUUAAAAUCAGAGGGUUAUAGUCAGAGGCCUGAGUGGAGUGAAAUUUACAACCACGUGGACAAAUGGACGCCUGUGUCCUUCACAUAACAUAACACCAGUCUUCAAUUGUCUUCUUCUCUCACUUAUAAACAGCAGUCCUUUAUUCAUUAUUACCAUACGGCAUAGAAAU